AUGUAUUCUUUGCUUCCGUUUAUUACUACCAGUAUGCUUCCAGAAAUGCCCAUAGAAGUAUGGUGCAUUAUUUUAAGGCUGCUGGAUUCCAAAUCAUUACUAUCUGUUGUGAGGUGUUCGUCCUCCUUCAGUUCCAUGGCUCGGGGAGAUUCAAUAUUGAGGCAAAAAGUGAGAAUUGCAAUCAAAGAAGAAAAAGAAGAGAUUGUAGCUCGGCUAAGGAGACCUGGAAUAGGCACAAGAGUAGAUCGAUCAUCCAAACAAUCUGGGUUAUUUUCCAAAAACUCCCAAAAGAAGACGACUAUAAAAAAGGAACCAAAAAUGUUCAAAUUUUGUAGAGCUGCCGAGAAGCAGUCGUCAGAUUUAAAAAUGAGAAGCAACGUUUGCAAAUCAUCUAGAUUUAAUCCUUAUCGGAUAUAA